CGCGUAUCACACGUCGACAGGCCUACGGAAAUACAAAAAUAAUACGUAGUUAUUAUCUAAAAUCCCCAUUUAUCAGUGAAUAUGGGUCCGUCAAGAUCAGGUCAAGCCGGACCAUUGUUAACUAACAAUCAGAACAAACAAUCAGUAUUUCUAACAAGGUGCAUGUUGAUACUGAUAUGCUUGUGUUUUGUUCGAACUUCACAAUGUGUCGCAGAAAAUUUCUAUGCCAAAGAGUUGAUCUCUGAAUAUGGAAAUGUAGACUCGAUAAAUGUGCAUGAGUUGCAGGAACUGUUAAAUAUACUCAAAUCAAAACAGCAUCGAAAUAAAGAAGAGAUUGAGGAUUUGAUAAAAUGUGAUAUAAAUGAAACGAGUGGAACACGCAUGUCUUCCGCAUGUUUGAAAUACAAGUGUCUGACCGCAGAAGACAUCUUUAAAAUCCACGACAUAGCAACGAACAAGAGUAUCGAAGCUGCAGAGUUUGCAUCCAUCUUACCAACAGUUCUAUUUGAGGUCCAGAAAAGCGGCUGUAUGAAUGAUACAGGGAAUGUUACUUCAGGGGCAAAACCAACCCCUCUAGAAGUAUGGGGUUACAGUUUCCUAUUUGUGACGGGCAUCAACCUGUGUUCCUUGAUUGGGUUUGGUUUCAUGCCAUUCAUGAAGAAACAAGCAUAUCAUAUUCUGCUCAUGUUCUUCGUGGCGCUAGCUGUGGGGACGUUGGCAGGGAGCGCCUUACUCUUCCUUAUACCAGAUGCACUUGGAUUACUUGAAAUUGAAGAGAAGUAUCAUAAGAAUGGCACUGAGUACACGCCAUUCGUCCUCCGAGCAUCUGUAGUCUUAGGCGGCAUCUACUUGUUCUUCUUGACGGAAAGGAUUAUGAAGAUAAUCAUGGAUUGGCGAGAGGUGAGGGAUGUGAUGUGCGUUAGAAAGCAAGGUCAAAAGAUAGAGGAUUUGAACAACUUGCCGAUCUGUUCUGUACGAACCCAUACCGAUGUUGAAUACGAUCCAGAGAAGAAGAUCCCCCCAAACAUUGGCCAAUCAAGUUGCGGGUUGCCACGGACUGACAGCGUAACUGAUGAGUUAGGAAAAUAUGACAAUAACGCUAGCAAUCAGGGCGACGAUGAGGGGACCACUAAUCUCAUUACACAGAAUGGAUGCCACAAAGCCUACAUAACUGAUGAGGAGGAAAUGAAAGACUUGGCAGUAUCGGUAAAUGGCGUCAGAACGGAAACGCCGGUCUCUGAAACUAGACAGAAAAGGAAAGAAAAAAAACAUAUAGCGCCGGUGGCGUGGAUGAUUAUUUUUGGUGAUGCCUUGCAUAAUUUCAUCGACGGACUCUCAAUUGGUGCCGCAUUUUCAACGAAUAUUAUGGCUGGUGUCAGCGUGUCUGUCGCUGUCCUCUGCGAGGAAUUUCCACAUGAGCUUGGCGAUUUUGCGAUCUUGCUCAAUUCUGGUAUGACAGUCAAGCAGGCCCUUGGCUACAACUUCAUCUCGGCGUGUACGUGUUACCUUGGUCUUGUAAUUGGUAUCGUCCUGGGGGAACUCACGUCUGCUAGCAAAUGGAUCUUUGCCCUCGCUGGGGGGAUGUUUCUCUACAUAUCAUUGGCUGAUAUGAUGCCUGAAAUUAACCAUGCAGCCGAGUCGAAGGAAGCCAAGCAGUUCAAUAUGAGUGCCACCAAAAUAUUCAUUAUCCAGAAUCUUGGACUCCUGGUUGGUUACGGGGCGAUGUUCUUGUUAGCCUACUAUGGAGGAAACAUUGACUUCAGCAGUUAACACUUGACGAAGCAACACGUGGAUUUUCGAAUAGAAUAGAACAUUAUGAAUUAUUGUCAACAGUGAAAUGACUGCGUGCGUUUUGUCUUUGGGCUUUGAAAUUACUCCUGCCAAAAUGUUCAAGCAAAGCCAUGCUAAAAUAAACUGCAGUGUACUUGUUGUGUGUCUCCGCUAUGUUAGUGUAUGCUUGAUAGAGUAGUCACAAAUCAACUUUGAUUUGAUAGGAUACUUUAUCAAAUAAAAUUCGGUAAAUUUUUGUGGGAGAUUAAAAAUGGUCACAACAUUUGAUUACGUUGGGAUUUCAAUAUCCUAUCUUUUAGAGUGACAAUCUCGCAAUUUACAAAAAAAGCAUAAUUGGAAAUGUACCAUGCUAUAUGUAAGUGCUUGUUACUGCUUGUAAGUCCUAGUGAACAAAACAGAAUUACUUAGAAGUUGGAGUGCCUCGAAAUCUGAAAAGUGUUUAAAUCUGUUUGAAGGUAUUUGCACGAGUUUGAAAGUUGUGUAUCUUCGAGGAUAUAUAAUAUUGUAUUGUUUGGCUUGAUGUUAGUGCUAGUCGAGACAGUCAUAUUGUCGCCUCUGAGCCCGGUGUUUGUUUACUGUACUAAAAAUGCAUUUUCCAGACUCCUCGUCUUUUCCGUCCAGGAGCCUCAUAGCCUCGUGAUAACACUGCUGGGUUUUAUCCUGGGGAGGACCCGGGAUCGUACUUCUGGAAGACCUAGCAUGACUUUCAAGGAACUUCAAUUCCUUGCUCCUCACAACAGGUUUGGCGAUCAACGCGAGAUAAAUUAAUGAGUGUCUGUUAGAUGAGACCAAGCUGUUGUCCCUUGUACAAGAGUGUCUAUGGCAUCUUUUAGAUCGCUAAGUCACUCACUGGAUCCUGACGGUGGUGACGCAAAUGCAUGAGAGUCUGGAUGUGUCUAUGCCUGAGCAAGUAGAACGUGAUAGUCUUUGUGAAUCCUUUCUUAAUAUGGGGUGUGGUGGAUGGAGUUCUAUUGUAAAAGGGGUACUGUUUGCAACCAUUGUCUUCUUGCGUCUAUUGUGUAGUUAGAAGCAAAUGUGAACAUUGACUUUCUCUACUUUUUAAAACUUUAACAUUAAAAUUUCAACAAUAAUGCCCGACCAGUUACAACAAUAGUGUGGUCAGGAGCCCAGACAACUAUUGAUCAUUGUAUUGAUAUUGUAUUAAUAUUGGGAGAAUUGAUCAUCUUAAAGAUGAUCAAUUCAUGAUUGAGAAUGGAAACUUUGGUACUGUCUGUAAAAGUAUGAGAGUAUAAAUACAUGUAUAUUGGAGUGAUUUAUUAAAGUAUAUGCUCUUCUAGAAA